UGCAAAGCUUUCUUUGUUACCAAGCAGAUCGUCAUGGCGGCUCACCUAGUACCACUACUCCUAUCUCCACAAGCUUUAUUGCUCUAUCUCUUGCUCCUCCCUCUCCUCCUCUUACUGCAACGACGACACUACUUCGCACGCGGGGAGCAAGCAGCAUCCGUCCAUGGCGAGCGCCCCCCUCCUUCGCCUCCCAGCAAGCUCCCUCUCAUCGGCCACAUGCACCUCAUCGGCUCCGACCCUCACGUCUCCCUCGCCGCCCUCGCCGCCAAGCACGGCGAGAGCGGCCUCAUGCUCCUCCGCCUGGGCCAGGUGCUCAACCUCGUCGUGUCCACCCCACACGCCGCCGAGGCGGUCCUGCGCACGCACGACCAUGUCUUCGCGAACCGUCCGCACAACGCGUUCGCCGACACCCUCCUGGACGGCGCCGACAUCGCCUUCGCACCCUACGGCGAGUUCUGGCGGCAGAUGAGGAGGCUCCUCACCACGCACCUCCUCAGCGCCAAGAAGGUGCUCUCGCUCCGCCACGGCCGCGAGGAGGAGGUGCGCCUGGUCAUAGCAAAGAUCCAGGACGCGGCGGCCGCCGGCGCCGCCGUGGACAUGACGAAGCUGCUCAGCACCUACACCAACGACAUCGCGUGCCGCGCCGUGUCGGGCAAGUUCUUCCGGGAGGAAGGCCGGAACGAGCUGUUCCGGGAGGUGAUCGACGGCAACGUGGCCGCCUUCGGGGGGUUCAACCCGCAGGACUACUUCCCGAGCCUGGCCAAGGUGGAUAUGCUCUCGCGACUGCUGUUUUCCAGGAUGCAUCAGCUGAGGAAGAGAUGGGACGGGCUGCUCGACAAGAUCAUAGACGACCAUGCCAGCAAAGCGUCGCUACAGCAGCAACACGAAGAUCCGGACGCAGACUUCGUCGAUGUGCUCCUCAGCCGUCAGCACGAGUACAGCCUCACUAGGCAGCAUAUCAAGGCCAUUUUGAUAGACAUGUUCGUAGCUGGCACAGACACGUCAUACGUCGUCCUGGAGUUCGCCAUGGCCGAGCUCAUGCGGAAGCCACACCUCAUGGCCAAGCUCCAAGCCGAGGUUAGGAACAACACGCCCAAGGACCAGCAGAUGGUCACGGAGGACGAUUUGGGCCGCAUGCCCUACCUAAAAGCUGUCUUAAAGGAGACUGUCCGGCUGCAUCCGCCGUUGCCCCUCUUGCUCCCGCACCUCACCGUGGAGAAGUGCGUCCUCGACGGCCUCACGAUCCCCGCCGAAACCCGCGUCAUCAUCAACGUCUGGGCCAUCGGUAGAGAUGCCGGAUCGUGGAAGGAGGCGGACAGGUUCAUGCCUGAGCGGUUCGAGGAUGCCGCGGCCCCGGACUUCAAGGGGAGGGAUUUUCAGCUCCUGCCGUUCGGAGGUGGGCGACGGAUGUGUCCCGGGAUAAACUUCGGGAUGUCCACGGUGGAGAUCAUGCUCGCCAACCUUGUCUACUGCUUCAACUGGGAGCCCCCUUUUGGAAUGAGGCAUGAGGACAUCGAUAUGACUGAUGUGUUCGGGAUGACAGUUCGUAGAAAGCAAAAGCUACUUCUUGUCCCAAGAUCACCACGACUUGUUAAUUAGUCGUUCAUAAUAUUUGUCAUAAAUUUUGUGCACUUGAAUUGUAAUGGUUGAUCCGACCAAUAUACUACAUACAUUCCGAAUUAUAAGAUGUUUUGGACAUAUUUCAAUC